AUGAGUAAAUCCAAGUAUGACUAUGGUAUUGUCAUCGAUGCUGGAUCUUCCGGAUCUAGGCUGUUUGUUUAUGAAUGGGAAAAAAUACAGCCAUAUAAUCACGAAAACAAUGAUGAAAAUAACGACAAUUCUAAUGAUCUUGAUAGAUGGAAAUCAGUUCCUAAAAUAACAUUCAAUAAAGAAUGGACCUAUAAAAUAACACCUGGUUUAUCCAGUUUUGAAAACUCACCAAAGAAUGCCUUUAAAAAAAAUAUCAAACCCUUAUUAAAGUAUGCAGAAACUAUCAUUCCUUCAGCACAAUUGUCCAACACACCGAUUUUUAUUCAAGCCACUGCAGGGAUGAGACUACUACCCAAGGGGAAAAGUGAUAAAAUUUUAAACAGUCUAUGUAGCAAGAUAAAGCAAUAUAAUGUUUUUUUAAUGGAAGAUUGUGAUUCUCAAAUCCAAAUCAUCGAUGGUGAAAUCGAAGGAGUCUACGGUUGGUUAAGUUUGAAUUAUCUGCAAGGCAAUUUUAAUAACUUUGACAAUGAAAACAAGAAAUCAUUUGGCUUUAUGGAUAUGGGGGGUGCUUCCACGCAGAUUGCCUUUUCGCCUUCAAGUGUAGAACAAAUUGAACGACAUCGAGAUUACAUAUCACAAGUUAGGUUGAGAAACUUAAAUGGUGAACUUCAAACCUGGGACAUUUUUGUCAGUACCUGGUUAGGGUUUGGUGCAAAUCAAGCAAGAAAAAGAUUUCUAACUCAAUUAGUUAAUUCUUUACCGGAAAACUCUAAUGAUUAUGAUCACGACGAUUUUGAGACAAGGACCAUAGUUGAUCCCUGUCUACCCAAAAAUGCAAAAACUGAAUUUUAUUAUAAAGGUUCUAAAAAAAAUAAAUUUGAUGUUGUAGGUUCCGGAGAUUAUGAACAAUGUGUCAAGUCUAUUUACCCACUAUUAUUAAAAAACUUGCCAUGCAAAGAGGAACCGUGUUUAUUCAAUGGUGUUCAUGCGCCAGCAAUUGAUUUUUAUAAAGACAAAUUUGUUGGCGUAUCUGAAUAUUGGUAUACUGCUAAUGAUAUUUUUCAAUUGGGUGGUGAGUAUAAUUUUGAAACUUUUAGUGAACACGUUAAAGCUUUUUGUGAAAGUGACUGGAAAGAAAUUGAAAAAAUAAGUGAAAAUGGAGGCUACAACAAAAUUCCAAAAGACUUCUUGUUAGAUAGUUGUUUCAAAGCGAAUUGGAUUUUAAACAUUUUGCAUGAAGGGUUUGAAUUACCUCGUAUUAAUGUCGAUACCAAAGUUCCAGAUGAACACCAACAAUCCGAGCACAUUCCAUUUCAAAGUGUUUCUGACAUCGAUGGCUUUGAAUUAACUUGGACUCUGGGUAAAAUUUUAUUAUACUCAUGUGGGUUGAUUGUUAGUGGUGAUCACGACAAUAAUGUUGUUGGUUUUUUACCAAGUAAGAAUGAAAGGGUAAAUUAUGGACGAAAGUUUAUUCCUGGUGUUUUCUCUUCAAUGCACCAAAAAAUUACUAGCGGCAGCAGCAGCACUAAUGGUAUUGGAGCAAGUUUUUUCACCAUUUCCUUGUGGAUAUUUUUGAUAAUUAUGGUAUUAUGGAGUUUUUUUUUUUAUUUAGAAAAGGCAAACCUUAUUGUAACCAAUAAGUGUUUACCAUUUUCUGUUAGAAACUUUAUCGGCUCACAGUACAACAAUUUACGUGCACAUGGUAUUAGUGGAAUUAUUCAUAAACUACGUGGAAACAAUCACAAUACGACACAUGAUCUUGAAAACAAUAUAAAUGGGAAUACUAAUGAUAAUAGCGAUGGGGGGUUUUCUAUUUCUAGAGAUGAUAUGGAAAGGGCUGAAACACAAAUGAGAAGUAGAAGCAUGAUGAAUUUGAAUGAUCACGAGGGAGGUCAUACUACUAACAAUAACAAAAUCAAACCUCAUUUGAAAGCAGCAUUUUCUAUGACAGACUUUAAAAAUUUUAAAUAG